AUGGAAUCAGACCGAAGUUUGAUGUAUAGACGGCUCCAGGGCGGGCUGUUGUACCCAGGUUUUGACGAACGCGUACAGGAGUUUGUGAAUUUUGCUUUACGCCAUCCCGCGUGUAUGAGUGGGCCCGAGCUUAAAUGCCCUUGUCCUAGGACAGGAUGUAAAAAUACGAGUUAUCAAAAUGUCGAAACAGUGAAACUGCACAUUUUGCAGAAAGGGUUUGUGAAAGAUUAUCAAGUCUGGCUUUUUCAUGGGGAGGGAAAUGUUUUAAAUCCUCGUCCUGUUAGAGAACUAUCGGAGUAUGAAUUUGACAUGGAAUAUGAGGGGGAUGACGAGUUCAGCUCAGUUCAGAGAAUGGUUAUCGAUGAUGCCGGUCCAGAAGUAGUGUUCACGGAAGAGGAACCGAAUAAUGAAGCUAAACAUUUUUAUGAUAUGAUGCGUGCGGCCGGAGAACCUGUAUGCCCCGGCAAUAGCAAACACUCUCCCUUGUCUACAGCUGCUAAAAUAUUGGACAUCAAAUGUCGACAUAGUGGGUCAGUAGCUUUAGUAGAUGAUGUGACCGAAUUUACACAAGAGCUGCUCCCAGAGGACAACAAGAUGCCAAAGAACUUUGCUGAAAUAAAGAAGAUGGUUAGAGGUCUUGGGUUGCCGGUUGAAGUUAUCGAUUGUUGUUUCCGUAACUGCAUGAUUUACUGGGGGUCAGACGCGGAGUUAACGCGAUGCAAAAUUUGCGAUCACGAACGGUGGAAAUCGCCUCCUAAAAUAAAAGUUAACGUCCCUUAUAGGAAAAUGUUUUAUUUUUCUAUAACUCCGAUACUGCAGAGGUUGUACGCUUCUAAAGCCACCGCCAAGCAUAUGAUGUGGCACGCAGAACACAAAAUGGUUGAUGGGAAGAUGUGUCACCCGUCAGAUUCCUCGGCGUGGAAACAUUUCAGUGAAUUUCAUACAGAGUUUGCAGAAGAAGUUCGAAAUAUCAGACUGGGCUGUGUACUGAUGAGUUUCAACCAUUUGGGGCCUUCGCGCAGAAUUAUUCAUCAUGGCCAGUAA